GUCUACGCUAAGGGUCUAUCUUAUCGCCGGCGGCCGAGACGCCUGCAAAUUCUACGACUCUGCUUCAUGUACCUCGGUACUUGCAGUACCUCCGUCUACAAGCAAGCUACACACGUAGCCUUUUUUCUUUCUGACACGCUGGUAUUUUGCUGGGUCGAACUCGGUCCAGCUCUGGGCCGCGCCGAAAGUGAACAGUUAAUACUUGGUGCUUCAUGUCUUCACUUCUACACAUAGGUAUCCUCCGUUCUUCUCUUCUUGUCGUCUGCUCUCCUUGCCUGCCUGCGGAAGCGCAUACGAGUAACCUGCUAAAUACCACCGCCUGUGCGCGGUCGACGCUCUAUUCGCCCCGGUCAACCCACGAGUCGCCCGCGCCAGCUGAUCUCUCCCAUGCUGGUCCCCCCGUCGUCUGCUUCAUGCUUUCGAAAGCUGCGCUUCGGUGUCGCUCGUGAACUAGCCUGUCCUCGGGGACUCUAGUAGCCGUCUCCAGUCAUCAAGCCGGCGCUCUCGCGAGCUGCCUCGUUUGGCCAAUAAAAAUGCUACUAUUCGGAAGAGCAAUCUUCGCAUUGCUCUGCGUCCUCCUCCAGCUCGCCCUCUGCGCUGAGGACUUCUACAAGGUUCUCGGCAUCGAUCGCCAGGCGUCCGACAAGCAGAUCAAGUCGGCGUAUCGACAGCUCAGCAAGAAAUUCCACCCGGACAAGAAUCCGGGUGAUCCGACAGCAAAGGACAAGUUCGUCGAGGUGUCCGAGGCCUACGAGGCUCUAAUCGACCCGGAGUCGCGCAAGAUCUACGACCAGUUCGGACACGAGGGCUUAAAGAAGCGCAGCCAGGGUGGAGGACACCACCAUGACCCCUUCGACUUGUUCAGCCGAUUCUUCGGUGGCGGCGGCCACUACCAAAGGGGCCAACCGCGCGGACACGACAUUGAGAUCAGGGUCGGCAUCUCCCUGCGCGACUUCUACAACGGCCGCGACACCGAGUUCCAGUGGGAGAAGCAGCAGAUCUGCGAGGAGUGCGACGGUACCGGCUCGGCCGACGGCGUCGUCGACACCUGCCGCCACUGCAACGGCCACGGUGUGCGCAUCAUCAAGCACCAGCUAGCGCCCGGCAUGUUCCAGCAGGUCCAGACCCAGUGCGACGCCUGCGGUGGCCGCGGCAAGACCAUCAAGCACAAGUGCCCCGUCUGCGGCGGCAACCGGGUGCUCCGCAAGCCGACCACCGUCUCGCUUAAGGUCGAACGCGGCGCUGCCCGGGACGCUAAGAUCGUGUACGAGAACGAGGCCGACGCGAGCCCCGACUGGAUCGCCGGCGACCUCGUCGUCACGCUAACGGAGAAGGAGCCCGACCCGGAGAACGACAACCCCGACCACGUCGACGGCAUCUUCUUCCGGCGCAAGGGCGACGACUUGUUCUGGCGCGAGGUCUUGUCGCUGCGGGAAGCCUGGAUGGGCGACUGGACGCGCAACAUCACGCACCUAGACGGCCACACGGUGAGGCUAGGGCGCAAGCGCGGGGAGGUGGUGCAGCCCGGCCACGUCGACACGAUCGAGGGCGAGGGGAUGCCGGUGUGGAGCGAAGAUGGCGAUUCGGUGUACCACCACUACCAAUACGGCAAGCUGUACGUCGAGUACGUGGUGGUGCUGCCGGACCAGAUGGAGUCGGGCAUGGAGAAGGAGUUCUGGUCCGUCUUCCAGAAGUGGCGGGGGAAAGUGGGCGUGGACCUUCUGAAGGACAGCGGCAGGCCGGAACCGCCUAGUCCCGGCCGCGGCCAGCAGGAGAAAAAAGAUGAGCUAUAAUGUGAUACCUUGACUUACCUUACCUAGACUAUAGAGAGGCAAAUGCUACGAGACAAUAGAAGACGAUGACUUUAGGC